AUGAUCGACGAGACACUCGAGUUUGAAGAGGAGGAACGUCGUGCUUCCGGGACACAGACCCUUAUUACUCAAUUGAACGCUAAGGUCUAUCCGAGACUUAGCCGAAAAGAGCGUGAGGCGCUGGACCUGAAGUUUGCAGCAGUGCACAAAACUGGGGCAGGCUUCAGCACGUUCGAGCACCCAGCACAGCAAAGCUUUUUUGAUAUUCUCAACAAUCAACGGUCUCCUCCGAGUUCGUCUAUGUUGUCGACGACACUGCUUGGUGAAUGCUACCGUUUGAGUAUGGAGCAGAUGGCCGCGGCAUUGAUCAAGGCGCCGUCGGUUACACUUGGAGUGGACGGAGCAACAAACGUUCUUUCAAGAAGCAUGUCGAACGUGAUUGCCCCUGAUCCCCAUCCGUGGUUUGUGGAGUACUUGCGAGCAGUCCUGAAGAGAGAGUCUGCCCCGGAAGUAUUCACGAAGAUCAAUGACAGGGCAGUCUGA